ACCUUGAUUCAAGCUCAGAUUCAAAUUCAAUUAAAUUUAACAUAAAAAUAAAUUCAAGCAUCAAGUAAAGUUAGUUAAAUCGAUCUUUAAGAAGCAGACAGGUGUGAAAGGCUCUUCCGACCGCAUAUUGGUGAUUCAUUAUCAAAUAUCAAAUUUAUAAAUCAAAAGAUUGUUGAUCAUUUUGAUGUCCAAAGACUAUGGAAACUGAGUGGUAUGAGUCAAAUUUCCCUUGGAAAUAUUUGUUUUCUGCAUAUCAAUCAGUCAACAGUCAGAUAUCAACAAAAAAGAGCUCGAGAAAAGGGAAGAAAACCAAGAUUAUAAAUACAGAAGAAGUGAAGGAAAACAAGCCAUAUUUAGAAGAAUCAUACCUGAAUAACUCCGUGAUGGACAAAGCUGUUAUAAAAGAAAUUAUAAGUCUUCCACCAGGAAUAGACUACAAUGAAUGGAUUGCUACACACACUUUAGGUCAUUUUAAUACACUUAAUCUAUUAUAUGGAUGUAUUAGUGAAGUUUGUACUACAACGACUUGUCCGGUCAUGUCAGCUCCAGGAGCAUUAACUUAUUUAUGGUAUGAUGAAAAAGGCAAGAAAACGAAGACAUUAAUCCCAGCACCACAAUAUAUAGAUUAUGUUAUGACUUAUGUCGAGAAACAUGUCCAUGAUAAUUCAAUUUUCCCUUCAAAAUUUGGUAUGACAUUUCCAAGUCAUUUCGUAGCAACAGUAAAGAAGAUAGAAAAGUUACUCUUCCACGUUUUAGUCCAUCUAUUUUUCACACACUAUUUAGACUUUGUUAACAUGGGACUUCAUACACACCUGAACUGUGCCUUUAUGAACUUCGUCAUUUUCAAUCAAGAAUUUAAUACGUUGGAUCCCAAGGAAAUGGCCCCAUUAGAAGAUCUUGCUCAAUUAAUGGGCCUGAUGCCUCCACCUCCCAUACCAGUACAGUAAAUGAUGCAAUAUUGUUCUUCCAACGGCAGAUGAGGUCGUGUAUCAGGAAUACAAAUGACACCCCUCGCAGCUCUCUCACCUUUGGCUGUCAUUGAGUCAAUAGAAUUAUCUUUUAAUGUUAAGCCUGAUUUUUACUGUGGCCCAUAAAUGCAAGCACAAGGAAAAGUACUUGAUAGUGAAAGCCAGGCUUAAAGGAUAUUCUCUAGUAAUUAAGAUAUGACUAUAAAAUAUAGAUCAACAUAUGGAGCUGUUAAGUUGUGAGGUAUUUCCAGGUCCAACUGCUCACAAAAGGGGGGGGGGGGAGGGGGGAGAAAGGAAAAGGAAAUUUUUUAUGAUGCCUCCACCUGAAAAGAAGUUAAAACUUUGGAUAACGAAUCCCAUGUUGAAGAAAAAGUAAGAAAUAUCUUUUUCAAACUUCUUUUCAUUUUGGGUGUGGAAAUUUUUUUUU